AUGCAACCUUCAUCCUUCUUCAAAUCGUCGGCUUCGCUGGCCUCGCGGCUGGCAGGUCAGGGGUUCAUGUCCCCUAUGCCCAACAACGCGUCGGCGUCUCUCGCUGGUCACCGCCAGAGUCGUCCUGGGUUCAUGUCCCAGCUCCUCACUUCGCCGUCGCCCCCAUCUGCACAGGCUUUCGACUGCACUUUGCGCUGCAGAAAAGUUCAACAGUGGCUGGGUGCCUCGUGCCCGCAUCAGCGAUCGUCACGUCGUGAGAUCGCGCCUGCCGUGUUUGCUUUCGUCGCUUCCAUCGGUGCCCGUCGUCGCGCCUUCUGUCUGUCAGCCUCCAGCUUGGAUCUCCCUUUGAACCAGCCUUGCUUGCUUUCCUUCUCCUUCUGCUCCUAUUUCUCGGCUCUCCGUGGCAACUUGUCCGCCCAGAUGGUCCCUACAGGAAAGCGCAUUGUCAAGAUUCCUGCUGAACUUCGGUCAACCUACCACAGCCGGCUCGCUUAUCCUACUCUUCCUUUGACAUUGAACGAGUCCAAUGAUCCCAUCGAUGUCGCCGACUUCGUUCCCUCACAGUACCAGCAAAACAUGCGUGAGAAGCUCACAGCUGCUGGCUAUGCUGUCACUCCUGCUGCCCCAGACAACUCUUAUGACUUCACCUUUGGCUCGCAAGGUUCAGACUUGCUCGAAGGCUUCACCAUUGGGGCACCAGAACGUGCCAGCACGCCCAAGCAGGGUGUUUCCCCCCCUGUCCACCCAAUCCCCAUGCCCCUCCGACGUCCCCUUCCUCUGGCAGAUGGCUUCGAGGAUGAUUCCAGCUGGGAGCCUUCCACCAGACCAGACCUGUCUCUUUGCUCAGUCUCAUCCGAAACCUUGGCAGAGCUCGCCCUUAGAAGCGCUCCUGUAGCCGCCGGUCCUAUCAAAACCACUGCAGUUGAGCCACUUCCGGCGCCAGUCAUUCCUGCUGCCAAUGUUGUCAAGCCACCGACCACCCGUCCUCCUGUCCAGUCGUCAGGCGUUCCUGUCUCGGUCCCUGAAACUCCUGCUGUUCCUGCUCCAUCGUCUCCGGUCCGCAAAUCGAGCGCAUCCCAUGAGCAAAAGCAGUACAAAGCUUGGUUUGAGGAUCCCAAGCAGUUUCGUGCUCGCUCGGACAAUCACGUCCGCUACGACUGGACUUGGUCAGAAUGGGACAGCCCAUCACGCGAAAUCAUCGAUGAGGAGUAUCAGUCGCCUCGCUCAAUCAUGGCCCUUGACCUCACUCCUUCUAUUCUUCACCGGAUGCGCAAACUCUUCGCAGACCACAAGGCGAAGCACGGUUUGGACAACACCCAGGACAAAUCCAUCAGCCUUACUGCCUUUGAUGCUGCCAUGGGCGUCUCACACCCGGCCCAGACCCCAGCAGAGGUCGCUUGUGGCUCCUUCAGCAUGUCUGGCAAGUCUGCCACUGGCUCGUCCCUUGGAAGUUUCAGCCCCAUAGACAUCAAGGCUGUUCUCAGCGCUCGCAAGACUGAAGAACCAAAGGUCCCAGAAUCCGCAGAUGUCCUGGUCCAACCCGCCGCUGUCCAGGCUCCUCCCAAGUUCGAUCUUGGAGCCGUCUUUGCCAAGACACCAGAGCUGCCUGAGGAUUCUUCAGAGGAUGUCUCCUCUGCCUUCAGUGCUAUUGAUGUCGUAGCAAUCCUCGGCAAGAAGAUGAUGGCUGCACCCGAGCCGGCCGACGGCUCGGCCCCAGGAACACCAUGCCCUGUUCGCCAAUCAUUGCACUCUCACUUCUCUGCUCGUCGCAACAUUCCCGCCAACCUUGAGCAGAUCCCCCAACUCAACCUCUACGAGUCCGCCUUUACUCCAGCUCCUGAGCCUGCUGGCCAGUCUGGUUUCGGCUGGAAGACAAUUGCCAGCGUUGCCGUCGCUGCGGCAGCUGUUGGUGCCGGACUCGCUUAUGCUUUCCUUGGCUGA